AUGAGUGUUAGCGAAGUUUCCCUGAAGCCGUUCACAGAUCAGAAGCCAGGCACGUCCGGUCUUCGGAAGAAGGUUACUGUCUUCCAACAGCCAAACUAUUCUGAAUCUUUCAUCACUUCCAUUCUACUCUCGAUCCCGGAAGGUGCGGAAGGCGCAUUCCUUGUCAUUGGUGGGGAUGGGCGUUACUACAAUCCAGAGGUGGUGCAAUUGAUUGCACAGAUCGGUGCUGCAUAUGGCGUCAGGAAGUUGGUCAUAGGCCAGAAUGGCAUUCUGAGCACGCCCGCUGCUAGCCAUGUGAUCCGGAAGAUGAAAGCUACCGGUGGCAUCCUUUUAACUGCAAGUCAUAAUCCAGGAGGACCAAAGGCCGAUUUCGGCAUGAAAUACAACCUCUCCAAUGGCGGUCCCGCUCCAGAGUCGGUCACGAACAAGAUCUUUGACAAGUCGAAAUCGCUUACAAGCUACAAAAUUGCAGAUCUGCCCAAGGUUGACAUCUCGACCAUUGGCACCAAGAAAUACGGCGAUCUGGAGGUUGAGAUCAUUGACUCGGUCAAAGACUACAUGGACAUGCUGAAGGACAUCUUCGACUUUGAUCUCAUCAGAAGCUUCUUCAAAUCUCAACCAGACUUCAAGGUUCUCUUCGAUGCGCUCUCUGGAGUCACUGGGCCUUAUGGAGUUGCUAUCUUCCAGGAGGAACUUGGUCUUGACUCUUCCAGCACACAGAACUGUGUGCCUUCACCCGAUUUCAAUGGCGGACACCCGGACCCAAAUCUCACAUACGCACAUUCUCUGGUCGAGGUAGUCGAUUCCAAAAAGAUCCAUUUUGGCGCUGCGUCGGAUGGAGAUGGAGACCGAAACAUGAUCUAUGGUUACAAAGCAUUUGUUUCUCCUGGUGAUUCACUUGCGAUCAUUGCCCACUAUGCUAAGCAAUACAUUCCUUACUUCCAGAAACAGGGUGUCUACGGAUUGGCGCGAUCCAUGCCCACCUCCGGAGCGGUCGACCUGGUUGCUAAGAAGCAAGGUCUCUCCUGCUAUGAAGUGCCUACCGGGUGGAAGUUCUUCUGUGCUCUAUUCGACAGCGACAAGAUGUCCAUCUGCGGCGAGGAGUCUUUUGGCACUGGAUCAAACCAUAUUCGCGAGAAGGAUGGCUUGUGGGCUGUUGUGGCAUGGCUCAACAUCAUGGCAGGUGUUGGCAAGGAUACCGGAAAAGUUCCUUCGAUCACCGAGAUCCAGAAUCAGUUCUGGCAGACCUAUGGUAGAACAUUCUUCACGAGAUACGAUUAUGAGGGUGUCAGCAGUGAUGGUGCAAACGAUGUGAUCAAGAAUCUGAGCGAGCUGAUCACGACUAAAAAGUCGGAGUUCAUGUCGUCCAGCAUCAAGGGUCGAAAAGUGGUGGAAGCGGAUGACUUCAGCUACACCGAUCUUGAUGGGUCUGUGGCAAAGAACCAGGGCAUCUACUUUAAAUUCGAUGAUGGAUCUAGGAUUGUGGUGAGGCUGUCUGGGACUGGGUCAUCGGGGGCGACCAUCCGGCUGUAUGUGGAGAGGCACGAAACUGACAGCAGCAAGUACAGUAUGGAUGCCCAGGAGUAUCUCAAGGAGAACAUUGCGCUGGCUGUGGAGCUUCUGCAACUACAAAAGUUUGUGGGCAGGACAGAACCUGAUGUGAAAACGUAG